UUCCACUAAAAAAAACACGGGAUCCCCUUUUCCGAUUUGGGGCAAAUACAACGCCGAGCCGGAGGGAGUGGUGCGCGCCCGUGGUCUGUCAGGCUGUGCUCAUGGAGAUUUCAGCUGCGGCGGCGCGGGCGCUCGGAUCCGGAUCGACGUCGGCGGCCAACGAUCAGGCGGCUUGCUUGGGGGUUCCCGUUCCGGGCGGUGGCGGCGCCGCGGCGGCAGCAUCGGGAGUUGCCUCGCCGGAACCUGACGUGCGGCCGCUCUCUCCUGAUAUGCGCCCGUCGGAAGAAGGGUUGGCACAGCCGGCGGCGGAAAGGGCCUUGUCGGAUGUCGAGUUCUUCGAGGGUUCCUGCACAACGUUCAGCUCUGGCGGUGGUGAUGCGGCGUCCGGAGGCGGCAAUGGCGCGGCUUCGCCCGCCGUCUCACAAGGCUCGAUUCAGUCCGUACCCCUCAGUGCCCAAGCAUCUCACAAGGCUCGAUUUUUUCCGGACUGAGUAAUUAGCAGAAACAGAAAAACGAGCUCAUCUUGAUGGAUAGAAAAAGUUCAGUCCAACUUACUGUCUGGUUAGGACAUUUGUAGAAGCGGAUGCCUGGGUUCCGGUCUGUUCCGGACACAAACCAUCUUGUCCUGACCUUGGGCAAAUGAUCAAUGGAAGACGAGGAGCUCUGGCA